GUCCAAAAAAUAACCGGGUCACGUGACCUGAACGAAAUUCAAGUUCACUUCCUUGUACUUCAAGCGGAGGGCAACGAUGAAAGCUGCUGUACUUUUUCUCCUGUCUUUUCUGCACUACGCGGAUUUUUCUCCGUUGUUUUCGGAGAAAGAUGAGUAUCAUUUUAAGUCAUGGAUGUCACAGUACAACAGAGCUUAUGACCUGGAGGAAUUUUACUACCGACUACAGAUAUUCACAGAGAAUAAGAAAAAAAUUGACCGUCACAAUGCAGGAAACCACAAAUUCACAAUGGGAUUGAAUCAGUUUUCUGAUAUGACGUUUGCUGAAUUCAAGAAAUCCUUCCUACUAACUGAGCCACAGAACUGCUCUGCCACAAAGGGUGGUCACAUGACCAGAGAUGGUCCUUACCCAGAUUCAGUGGACUGGAGAAAGAAAGGGAACUAUGUGACACCUGUAAAAAAUCAGGGUUCCUGUGGUAGUUGCUGGACCUUUUCUACCACGGGAUGUCUUGAAUCCGUCACUGCAAUAUCUACAGGAAAACUCCCCCUUUUGUCUGAGCAGCAGCUGGUGGAUUGUGCCCAAGCGUUCAAUAACCACGGCUGCAAUGGUGGACUUCCGAGUCAGGCCUUUGAAUACAUCAAGUAUAACAAAGGACUCAUGACGGAGGAUGACUACCCAUACACAGGAAGAGAUGGCACCUGCAAGUUUAAUCCUGGGAAGGCAGCUGUUUUUAUAAAGGAAGUUGUGAACAUAACCAAAUAUGAUGAGAUGGAAAUGGUGGACGCCGUGGCGAGAUUGAACCCUGUCAGUUUGGCGUACGAGGUGACUUCUGAUUUUAUGCACUACAAGGAUGGUAUAUACACCAGCACUGAAUGUCAUAAUACUACCGACAUGGUGAACCAUGCUGUGCUCGCCGUGGGUUACGGUGAAGACAAUGGCACCCCCUACUGGAUCGUGAAGAACUCAUGGGGAGCUAACUGGGGACAAGAGGGAUAUUUUUACAUCGAACGUGGGAAAAACAUGUGCGGCCUGGCAGCUUGCUCAUCUUACCCCCUGCUUCUGGUGUAAAAUGUGAAAUCGUUAUGAAGGAGAUAUAAUUGUUAUGAAUGGAUGAAUCAUGUAUGCAUCAUUAUUGUAACAAUGCUGAGUUUAAAGUCUCAAAUUGUUGUUGAUUCCUUUCUAGAUUUAUGAUACAAAAGGGAACAGUAACCAACGUGAUUACACAUACGCGACGUGAUUACAUGAUACAAAUGAGAUUGAUAAUACAAGAAAAUCCUGAUGUUAAAUAUUUAAUAGAACACGAGACCUACGGAAAUUAUGCGACAUAAUUUUGGGAUACUGUUUUUUUUUUUCUUUAACAGCCCGUUUGUUAAAAUAAUUACUGGACAGGUUGCAGCAAUGUUGCUAACUGCUGUUUACUUAAUAAAUAUAUCAUUUACAUA